UUUCCCUUCUCAGUCUUUCUUCGCACGCUUGACUCCCUAUACCCCUCCCCCUUCCUUCUUUCACGCACCUGUACAUUACCGCCGAAACUAUCUCCCACAAAUCAAUCCCCUUUCCUCCCUUCUACGUAGCCACAUACACUUCAUCUGCUCAUAACUCAUUGACCAUGAACGGGGAUCACAUCGGCACCCACGGUUCAGGGGAUAAGAUGGAGGUGCAAUCCUAUUCCCAGGGAGCCCCCAUCGACCAUUAUGACGAGAAGGCAGAUGUCUCGCUCCACGAUGACACCGAUCUGAGCAACCCCACCACAGGCGAUGUCGGCCAGGGACUCCAGCGCAACCUUGCAGCCCGACACUUGACUAUGAUCUCUCUUGGAGGAACCAUUGGCACAGGUCUUUUCCUGGCCUCGGGAUCGUCCAUUGCUACAGGCGGUCCAGGUUAUUCGCAGAUCGCAUACACCCUUGUGGGAACGAUGGUCUUCUGCUUCAUGUCUUCGCUCGGUGAGAUGGCCACCUACCUACCCAUCACAGGAUCGAUCAACGCCUACGGUACCCGCUUCUUCGAUCCUGCUCUUGGAUUCAUGUUGGGUUGGGUCUACUGGUUCUCAUGGUCCAUCACCCUCGCUACCGAACUCGUUGCAUCCUCGCUCAUCAUCUCGUAUUGGAUUUCGACCGAAGCUUGUCCAGGAUGGGUUUGGGCUUUGGUCUUCAUCGUCAUCCUCACUGGGCUCAACCUGACGACCGUCAAGGCGUAUGGUGAGACCGAAUACUGGCUCAGUUUGACCAAGGUCCUUGCAGUCAUAGUCUUCAUCAUCGUCGGUUUCCUCUACAUUGGAGGCGCUAUUGGCACACCCAUCGAAGGAGCACCCAAGCCCGGACGCGAGGUCUUUGACAUGGACCCUUUCCAUGGUGGUUUUAUUGGUCUCUUCUCCAUCUUCUUGAACGCUGGGUUCUCCUUCCAGGGAGCAGAGUUGGUUGGAAUCGCUGCUGGUGAAACAAAGAACCCCCGCAAGAACGUUCCCCGCGCUAUCCGUCAGGUUUUCUGGCGCAUUCUGAUGUUCUACGUCCUCACUAUCUUGAUCAUCGGCAUGACCAUCCCUUACGACGACCGAGAGCUUGCCAACCCUGACGGUGACGUCAAGGCUUCGCCCUUUACCCGUGUGUUUGUCCAGGCUGGGAUCAAGGUCGGCGGCGAUGUCAUGAACGCCGUCAUCCUCGUCGCCAUUCUUUCCGCUGGUAACUCUGGUCUGUAUGCCUCCUCGCGUGCACUUCACACUUUGUCGAAGGAGGGUAACGCGCCCAAGUUCCUUGGCUACGUCAAUCGCUGGGGUGUGCCCGUGUACUGUGUCCUUGCCACGACAUUGGUCGGCUGCUUGGCAUUUAUUGUAUCGCUCCCUCAGGUCGGUCAGGGUGAAGCCUACAACUGGCUGCUGUCUUUGUCCUCCACGACUGGCUUUAUUGCGUGGUUGGGUAUCGCGGUCUCUCACAUCCGCUUCCGCAUGGCUUACAAGGCCCAGGGCCGGUCUUUGAGCGAACUUCCUUUCGUCUCGCGUCUGUACCCGUUCGGACCCAUCUACACUAUUCUGGUCUGCUUGGUCAUCUUGAUCGGCCAGGGCUACACAGCCUUUUCACCCUUCGACAUCAAGUCCUUCCUGUCGGCCUACAUCACGCUGCCAUUCAUCGUCCUCCUUUACUUUGGAAAGAAGUACUGGAGCAAGACCAAGAUCCUCAAGUUGGUCGAUGUGGAUUUGGACACGGGACGGAGCUUCAUGCACUCUGCCAUGCCUGUGAUGGACAACGAAUCUGAGAUGAACCAAAACAAACGCAAGCCCAACAUCUUCCGCCGCGUACUCAGUGCUAUCUUUUAAUUUAUUAGAGCGUUUUUUAUAAAUAUACCAGAAUAAAGGAAAAAAGCUGCUCUUA